CUAAAUAUCUAAUAAGAGCCGGUAGACCAUUAAGAGUAUAAAAGCGUUGGGAGACGAGGAGUUUAUUAUCAAAUCCACCUCAACCAUUAUCAAGUCAACAGUUAAAUACAUCCUCAAAAAACAACCGAAAAUGAACAAGUUUGUUAUCGCCUUCGCUCUGGCCUGCUUGGCCACCGUCGCUGUGGCCGGAGACGCCGCCCAAGAGAAGGGAGACUUGGUCACUGCGGAAGGUAACAUUUACGGAAGUCUUGGAGGGUACGGAGGGGGGUUCGGUGGGGGGUACGGAGGGGGCUGGGGGGGUGCCUAUGGGGGUGGGUACGGCGGAUACGGUAAUUAUGGAGGGUACAGCGGUCUCGGAGGAUAUGGAGGAGGUUGGGGUGGAGCUUAUGGCGGCGGUUAUGGCGGUGGAUAUGGCGGUUAUGGAGGUUAUCGAGGUGGUUAUGGAGGAUAUGGCAAGGGUUUCGGUGGGGGUUAUGGUGGCCUUGGUGGUUUCGGUGGUGGGUGGGGCUGGUAAAUGUGGACCUGCGUAGUCCCCCCUCCCAUUCUCGGGAACUUUUCAUCUCAAAAACAAAAUUUAAUGCCAAAGACUGCAAGUUUACCUAUACUACUACUACUACUGCUACGAUACUUGUAAUGAAUUCAUCUCAUUUUGCCAAGUUCCAAAUAAAUAUCAAGUAGAAGAAACUUAU